AUGAAUGGAUCGCCGAUACAAAAAGCAUCAUCAGCGCUUGAAUUAUUUUUACGAUCUCUUCCAGAAGAUUGUUAUUUCAAUAUCGUUUCAUUUGGUGAUCGGUUUGAUCCUCUUUUUAAACAGAGUGAACCAAAUUCUCCGGUUUCAUUAUCAACUGCACUUUUGUUUGCUCGAAAUAUGACAGCAAAUUAUGGUGGAACGGAAAUUUAUCAAGUAUUAAAAUGGAUUUUUGAUAAUAAAAGAACAAAUUUACCAACUGCAGUUUUUCUUAUUACGGAUGGAAAUGUUUGGAACGUUGAAGAAAUAUCUGAAUUGGUUAGGGACAAUGUUAAAAAGUAUGAGGAUAACUUACGUAUAUUUGCUUUGGGAGUUGGUAGUAAUGUCUCAUCAAAUUUGAUAGAGUCUGUAGCUCGUAAUGGUAAAGGUUAUGCUCAAUUUAUUUCUGAUACGGAAAGGAUGGAUAAAAAAUUAUUGGGAAUGUUAAAAAAUUGUAUCAAAUCUCCAAUUAAAGAUUAUAAAAUCACUUGGACUGAUGAUGAUAAUAAACUUAUAGAAGAUACUUUCAAAGAUUCGGAUCAACAAAAUAAAGACAAACCAGUUAUAAGUUUUUUCGGUGAAGAAGAAACAUCUUCAUCUAAACAAACUUCAAAUAAUGAUUUCGUUGAUAAUCUUGCCAUUCGUCAAGCUCCUUAUGAAAUCCCUCAAAUUUAUUCCGGAAUUAGACUUGUUGUUUAUUGUAUGUUGGCCAAAGGUGUCACUGCUAGAAAGAGCAUUAUUUUAUCUGCAAUGUCACAAGAUGGACCCAUGAAACUUGAAAUUCCUGUUGAUCCAAUUAUAUUAAAAGGAUCAAAAGUUCAUACUUUAGCGGCCCGGAAACUUAUUCAAAAUUUAGAAGAUGGGACUUCUUACAUACAUCAUCAUCCAAAGUUUUGUGAUAAACCGGUUCCUGCUUCUAUUAUAAGGAAAACAAUCGUCACGUUAGGUAAAGCAUUUGACCUUACUUCGAAAUAUACAAGCUUCCUAGCAAUUGAUGAACGUGAAGAAAUGGAUGAAGCAAAAGCAAAGGAAAAGAUAGAUAAAAUUAUCUGGUUCAAAAGAAAUCCUUUAUGGGGAUUUCCAUUAAAUAAUCCUCCGGUUUUUGGUACAAACAUUAAUAAUACAUCGGUACAAACAACAAUACAGCAACCAUUGUUUGGUUUUGGAGCGGUUACACGGCCAUCAUUAUUUGGAGCACCUUCACAAACGUCUGCAUUCGGAAGGUUUGGAUUGGCAUCAUCACAGCCAUUGAGAUUUGGUUUUGGAUCUGUUACAACACAAGUAUCUCCAUUUGGUCAUGCAAUGUCACAACCUGGAUUCUAUGAUGGAUCUCAAACGCAACCAAGUUUUGGUUUUUCACAGACACAACCAACAUUUGGUGGUCUUGGCUUUGCACAGACACAGGCGCAACCAGCUUCUGGUUUUGGUAUUGCACAGACUCAACCAAAUUACGGAGGAUUUAAUUUACCACAACCAACGUUUUGUGGAUUUGGUUUUUCACAAACACAGGCAAAGACGCAGACACAACCAACGUUUGGUGGUUUUGGUUUCGCACAAACACAAGCACCGACGCAACCAGCAUUUGGUGGUUUUUGUUUCGCACAAACACAAGCACCGACGCAACCAGCAUUUGGUGGUUUUGGUUUCGCACAAACACAAUCACCAGCGCAACCAGCAUUUGGUGGUUUUGGUUUCGCACAAACACAAACAAAUUAUGGAGGAUUUAAUUCAGCACAAACACAUCCAACAUUCGGAUCAGCACAAGCGCAGACGCAUUUUAAUUUUAGAGGAUUAAGUUCAGCACAGACACAACCAACAUUUGGAUUUGCACAAGCACAGACGCAACCAAAUUAUGGAUUAGCGCAGAUAACAACGACGCAAGUACAAACACAACCAGCAUUCGGUUUCGCACAGUUACAGCCAGCAUUUGGUUCAACACGUGCACAACCGACAUUUGAUUUGGAACAAGCACAGGAUAAUUUUGGAAAACUUAGUUUAGUACAAACGCAAACAAACUAUGGGUUUGGUUUUACACAACCUCAACCAAGAUUCGGUACAUUUAAUUUACCUCAAUCACAACCCACACUUGUUUCUCUUAAUUUAACACAAUCUCAACCAGUUUUGGGAAGUCUUGAUGGAAGCUUAGAAAAUUCACAAAGAUCUACAUAUAAGUCAACUCAAUCCAUUUUACCCUUUGAAUACUUUCGCUUGAUUUCACCAUCGCAAAAAUCCCGUACGCUUCUUAACUAUAAUGUGACUCUCGAUCAGGCCAUCAAAUGUUGUGAAGAUCCGGUUAAGCAGUUGCAACUAAAAAAAAUAAAAGAAACAGUUGAUUGCAACGCAGACUGGAAUGUGUGGUUUUUGGAGAAAAAGGCGAUUCGAAUUCGUAAUGAGGUUCAUGAGACAAACACAGAAGUACACCGAGAAAUAAACACGUUUGUUAGGAAUUUGAGAGAGCAAAAUAAUAAUGAAAAUGCCGAUGAGGACAACAAUAAUGAUAGCGCUGAUAAUGAGGAAGGUAAUAACAGCAUUAAUGACAGUAAUAUAGACGAGGAAGAAUGUGUAGAUGAAAACAAGAUAAUCGUUCAUGAUAUUCUUGAUGGUGAUAUAUCAGCAACUUAG